UUCACCAUAGAGGGAUCUCAGCCCAGAGGCAGCCACCAUUAACCAGUUUGUCCAGCCAGGGAGGAUCAGAAGGCCUAAGGGACAGAAUGAAGGGGGAGCCAGAGGAAGAUAUUUCCUUUGCCCUGUACCAGCACCAGACAUGCCAGGAUCAGACAGAUGAGGGUCCUGGGACCGCCCCAUCCCUUACUCCCAUCCUGGACCAGCAGUGGAGUCAAGGUAACCAGGUUUACUGGUCCUUUAAGGAGUUUCUUCCUGGGGCAGAUGCUUCAAAUUCUCACUGUGCUAACUGGAUGUGCUCCUCAAAGCCUGUCUCUGCUUUGCCCCCCCUGCUGGCCUGCCCGCAGCACUUGAACCUUCACACCUGCAGCCUGAGGCCCAACCCAAUGGCUGCUGCCCUGGGAGGUCAGACUCUGAUUCCUCCUUUUCCCCUAGAGCACAAGUCUUCAGGGUCAAUUCUGGGCUCUAUUGAUGACCCUAAAUUCACAUCCGAGUGCCAUGAGGUCAAGAAGAAAACAGAGAGUGAACCUUGUGCCCUGGACCCAGCCAUGGAGAUGGUCCAAAGGAGCCCCCACUCUCCUAUUUCACAUUCCAGCCCAACUUCCAACAUGAAGUUUCCAUUGAGUCCCCACCCCCCAUGCCCUUCCUGCCCCCUUCUCUCUCCCAGGAAGCCCUUAUCCUCACUGGAUACAUGCCUCUUCCCCUAUCCCCUCCUCCUUCUCCCAUCCCCUGCCACCCCCCACCCUAGCGGGGCUGUCCCGGUGAUGCUCCCCGAUGGGCCAUACUCCCUUGGGGCCCACUCCCCUCUGUACCUAGCACCUUGGCAGACCCUCUCUUCGCCCUUCCCUGCUGGACUGUGGCCCACAGCUGAGGCCCAGAAUGAGAGCUCUUCGCCUUCCCAGUGCUGCUCUACAGGAAAAACUGGAACGGUCCCCACCGUGGGCACCACAGUCCUGCCCUAUCUGCUGAAGAAAGAGAAUGGUGCCAUCUUGUACAAGUGUAAUAUUUGUGCCAAGAGUUUCAGGCAGCGUUCCAAUUUCAAGGUCCACUUCCGGGUCCAUAGUGGAGAACGCCCCUUUCAGUGUCUGCUUUGUAAGAAGAGCUUCAUCCAGCUCGCCCACUUGCAGAAACACCAGCUGGUCCACUCAGGGGAGCGGCCUUACCAGUGCUCGGUUUGCCACAAAUGUUUCAGCAGCACCAGCAGCCUCAAGACUCACAUGCGGCUGCACUCAGAGGACCUGCCUUUCCUUUACAGACUGUGCCCCAGGUACAGUGACCAACAGGUUGGGCACUAGCCACAGGUGUGUCCUGGCCAUACUGUCCUGCUUCCUUGCUGCCUGCUGGCCCCAUGUCGGUGACCCGAAACUGGAGAAGCUGGCACUGCUGUGGGCAGUAACCAAGCCUACAAGUGCCAGGGGAAGCCUCUCUGCCAGUUAACAGCCUGGAAGCAGGAGCUGGGGAAGAGGCAGACUGCUAACAUAUCUUCAGUAUAACCAACUGAGCCUUUCUGAGUUGAUCCAGAGAGCAUAGCACCCCUGGCAAUAAUCCCUCUCAAGGACCACACUUUGAUGCUUUUUGACUGUAAGCCUUUACUGGGGAUGGGGUGGGGAAGGAGGUGUUAUAAAAUCAAUGGAAGUUAUCUAGGACCAAAUGGGUUAGAUUUGACACCCUCAAAUAUCCUGCUCUGAUAUUCUGUGUUCUAAGGUCCUGUCUUUUUUUCUUAUUUAAUAUUUUAUUUUUCCCAAUUACAUGUAAAAACAAAUUAAACAUUCCCC